AUGAAACAGCAAGCAGAUAAACAUCGUACUGAACGAGAAUUCCAUGUGGGAGAUGAUGUUUACCUGAAAUUACAACCGUAUAGACAAAUUACAUUGGCCCUGAGAAAGAACUUGAAGCUUUCUGCCAGAUAUUUUGGUCCUUACAAAAUCAUUGAAAAAAUUGGUUUAGUUGCUUACAGACUUCGGUUGCCUCCACAUUCCAAAAUUCACCUAGUUUUUCAUGUGAGUUUAUUAAAGAAAAAGAUUGGGUCGAAUAUGCUUACCUCUCUCGAUCCUCCAGAGGUAGGGGAUGAUGGACAAUUGAAAAUUUAUCCAGCUAUUGUUCUUGACAAACAGAGUGUGAAGUGUCAAAAUCGGCCGGUGACUCAGUUGCUUAUUCAGUGGUCGAAUUUGUCACCGGAGAAUGCAACUUGGGAGGAUUAUUCCGCCUUGAAGUCUCAAUUUCCUGAUUUUGAUCCUUGGGGUCAAGGAUCUACUGCUGGGGAGGGUAAUGUCAUGGUUGGGACGGAGAAAUCGAAGAUAGAAAAGGAAUUGGAAGUGAGUACGAUGAAAUUAGGGCUAAAAGAGGUGGAAAUUAAAGAAUUGGGGAUUAAAGAACCGGUUGAAGGAAUGUGCAGUCAAAACGACACAUGA